GAUUCAGUGUUAACAUAUUUUGGGAAGGAUGGUUCAUCCGCCUGAGCAAACAUCGCGUACAAUUUCGCUUUUGACAAUAGUUUUAGCCUGCACCAACAUGUCAGAUGACCAAGGAGAUCUCCUUUCAACUUUGCUACUCUUGCUGCCUCCACAAAGUUCUCUGACUCUUUCUCCAUACACAGCAAAAGAUGUGUCUUCAGCAGUGCAUAAAUCAAGAGAAUAAAUCAAGAGAAGGAUCCGCAUCCUAAUCCUUUGAUGUUUCAAGAUACCUGAGGAGAGAAAAAAAAUCAAAUAGGUUCAGUUUUUUCAGUUUACAGAAACUAUAAGUGACUUACCGAAUAAAUACAAUGGAGGACAGAUUUCAUCUUAUAGGUAUUGUAUGUGGAUUUUGGGGAAUGAAAUGAGGUUAGAAGGGAGACCUUCAGUUUGAAGCUCACUUGUGUGCCUACAAAGAUAUUUGUAAUGCCAUCAUUGAACAUCAAUGAGAAGAAAAGGAUCUCGUGAAGGGUAUCUUGAAGCAUCAAAGGAUUGGGAUACAGAUCCUUCUCUUGAUUUAUGCACUGCUGAUGGCACCUCUUUUGCUGAAAACACAGAAAUGAGUGAGAGAUUGGACAUGGACGAAAUUCAGCGGAAAUUCUUCGAGAGGACAAUAUGCUUCUAUCAUGAGAAAGGGGACCGUGCCAACAUGAUGUUGUAUGUCAAUUUCAUGAGGUUAGAAGAUGCAAAACGGAAGUUGUUUGAGAGAUUGGAAUACCUAGACAAACUUCUCUGUUUGGAGAAAGAGUCAGGGAACUUUGUGGAGGCAGCAAGAGUAGCAAAGUUGAAAGCUUUCAAAGAGGUAAAUGAUCCUAUGAUGGUGAUAGUGGGGUUAGCAAUAUCAUUGAAUGGGGCAAUGAUGCCAUUAUCGUGGAUAUGACUGAAGUUGGAGCUGAUAAGAGGAGCAUAUUGGUAAAUUUGUUGCAAUUAACUGAUCAAGAGCAGAAGAGGUGGAAGGAGUUGGAAGAGAGAGAGAGUUGAGUCACCAGAUGUUGCAGAAGAGGAUGAGGAGGUUCGCUCUUGAAGAAGAAGAAGAGUGGAUAUAUCGUUGCUUACUGGCGGGUUUUGUUAUUUGA